CAGAGUUGUUUUAUCAUCUCUCCCAGGAAAAUCUGAAAUCUAGUCCGCUUCUUUCCCACGCCCACACGCACACAAAGUGGAAAAAAAAAAAGAAAAAAGAAAAAAAUGGAAUUGAAAGGUUGCAGAGGUUUUGCUGGCUGGUACAGUGUUCUCACUCUCUGCUUGCUUUCUUUCAUAUAUAUGUCAUCCACAUCAGCAUCAGAAGAAGACCCACCAUCAUCAUCAUCGGCGGCGAUUAUAUCAAGAUUCCAACACUAUCUCCAAAUCAACACAGUCCAGCCUAAUCCCAAAUACCAUGAGGCAGCCGAUUUCUUACUCGCACAGGCCAAAUCUCUUUCCCUCGAAUCCCAAACCAUCGAGUUCGUGGAGGGCAAACCAGUUGUCCUCCUCAAAUGGCCUGGUUCUGACCCUUCUCUUCCUUCAAUCCUACUCAACUCCCACACAGACGUCGUUCAAGUUGAGCAGCACAAAUGGACCCACCACCCUUUUGCUGCUCAUCUCGAUUCGCAGGGGAAUAUAUACGCCAGAGGGUCGCAGGACAUGAAGUGCGUUGGUUUGCAGUAUUUGGAAGCUAUUCGACGCUUGAAGGCUUCUGGGUUUCGUCCCCUUCGGUCUGUUUAUCUCUCGUUUGUUCCUGAUGAGGAGAUUGGUGGCCAUGAUGGUGCUGAGAAGUUCGCCAAAUCUGACAUCUUCGAUGAUUUGAACGUGGGCGUAGUGCUUGAUGAAGGGUUGGCUUCGCCUAAUGAGCAUUACAGGGCGUUUUAUGGUGAGAGGAGCCCGUGGUCGUUGGUGAUUAAGGCUACAGGGGCGCCGGGUCAUGGUUCAAAGCUCUAUGACAACAGUGCCAUGGAGAACUUGUUGAAAAGCAUUGAGAGUAUCUGGAGGUUCCGUGCUUCACAGUUUGAUUUGGUCAAGGCUGGUCUCAAGGCUGAGGGCGAGGUCAUCUCGGUUAACAUGGCGUUUUUGAAAGCUGGAACCCCAUCUCCUACUGGAUUUGUCAUGAACUUGCAGCCGUCUGAAGCAGAAGCAGGUUUUGAUAUUAGGGUCCCUCCUAAUGGUGAUCCAGAAGCUUUGGAAAGAAGGAUAGCUGAAGAAUGGGCGCCUGCUUCACGCAAUAUGACAUUUAGGCUUGGACAGUUCAAAGCGAAGGUGUCUGUGCUGGAUAAAUCUGGAAGACCUAUUAUUACAGCAACUGAUAGUACAAACCCCUGGUGGAAUCUGUUAGAAGAAGCCGUUAGAAAAGCUAAUGGAAAGCUUGGUAAACCAGAGAUCUUCCCUGCUUCAACGGAUGCUCGGUAUUUCAGGGAAAGGGGUUUGCCGGCAAUUGGCUUCUCUCCUAUGGCCAACACUCCAAUUCUUCUCCAUGACCACAAUGAGUUCCUAAACAAAGAUGAAUACUUGAAAGGAAUUGAAGCUUAUGAAUCUAUAAUUGAAGCUUAUGCAUCUUAUGUUGAGAAAGCAAGUGGUGGUGAUGGCUCAAGGGAUGAGUUAUAAGGAAGCAAAGUUUGGCCAUUCCCGUUUUCCAAAUUUCCCAGAGAAGAUGGUUGAUAUUAGUCUUUGUAUCUUUGUAAUGUCAAUAUGGUGGGGGAGAUAGAGAGAUGACCUUGUAAAAUAACAAUAAGUGGGGAAUGCUAGGGGCUUGAGCUUUCACCGGCAUCUCUGUACCGAGAUUGAGUCAUCAAAUAAUAUCCUUGAUAUUUUAGUAGUAGAAAAA